AUGUGCCAUCGCUGUUGUGGGAACAAAGAGUUGAAAACAAUUUUAUCGCUUUUGCUGUUAUUGUUGCUGGGCAUUAGCGGUGUUUUCGCUACGCUAAGUCCACCCAGGCGGGGCGAGAGAAAAGCUGAGAAAGUUUUGUCCCGCAAAAGGCGUUAUGUAGCCUUCCCGGAUGGUUCAUCUUUGGCGGCAUCCAUUUGUCUGACGAUCGGUGUUAUUGGCAAUCCAAACGUGAAUUUUCUAAGUUGGGCAGAAAAUUGGGGUGUAGCCUACAAUCUACCCAAUUAUACUUGGGCUAAGGAACAAACGCGUGGCUUCAAAAAGGACGAGGAUAUAAAGAAGGCAAAAGCGGUGGUUAUGCGGCGUUCGAGACGCGAUUUGUUUGGCAAUUUGGAAACAAUUAUGGAAAACAUGGGCUUUAAUGGGCAUGCCUGCAUUGCGCGUGCGCUGUGUGAGAGCUCCAAAUAUCUACAUGACACUCGACAACAGCGGGGAAAUAUGAUUACAGAAAUCGUAAAGACGAUAUUUAGUCUUCCUUCUGAACCAGUUUAUGCUGAUGAACCGGAUGUUUUGCAUCACUAUGAUCGGAUAUAUAAACGAGCCCGACGUGAGGUGCUCGACUGCAGUGUUGAGCAUGCGCAAUGCCACUUUUCGCUAUUGGAAAUGGCCUUUGGCAAAUAUUCUGUAGCUCCAACGAAACAUGGUCCACAACUGCUGCAGAAUUUACAUAAAGAGCUUGGAUUUAUGUAA